CCGCUCCGGCUGGUCUCAGUCGACCGCGACAUUCGGUCCGCGAGAUACGAUUCGAGUCUUGGAUCACCGAACGUCGGACUCUUCUCCUGCCGAACGAAGAUCGAACGAAGAUCGAAUGGGUUCAAGAAUCUCGCUGAGAAAAGAUCUUCGAGCCUUUUGCCUCUUUAACGUCUUCCUGAUCGGCUAUGAGAUCGAUGAAAAGGACAAAAGAGGUCCUGCCAAAUUUCAUUUUACGCUUCGAUGAAUGAAAUAGUUCGAGAGAAUACUUUGAAAACCGAUUCUGUUUGUUAAAAAAAAAAAAAAAAAAAAAGAGAAAAAAAGAAAGAAAGAGAGAAAGAAAGAAUCGAUAAAGCUCGAAGAACUUUCGUACGGUUUUCGUGGCUAGAUCGGUUCGCCGGUAGCCACGUGUUUGACUGAUGUCUCGAUCGUGGAGAAAAGAUCAUCAUAGUGAUCGUGCGUGGACCGGUAUUUCCUCAGCCAUGUGUUCCUGAUUUUCGCGAAAUUUUGUCAAAGAUAAAAAAGAAAAGAAAAAGAACGUUCCGAAAGGGUGGGUGUGAUCUAUGACGAUAAUGAUGCCGAUAAUGUAAGCUAUCUAGCUGGUAUAGAUCCUUAGGUAGACGAAAUGACGCGCGACGGGAGAUUGUUACUAUUGUUGGUAUUGCUGAUGGCGUACGGAUUGCUUGCGGUCGAAUCAAGGUAUCGCGAAGAUACUGCUCUCGAGGCAAGAAGACAUCGGCACAGACACAGGCAUGAUACAUCGGCUGGCAGAAGGAAUCACCACGAGCCGGUUGACAGACGAUCGAGCUGGUCGCGAGAAUUGGAUUACGAAUACGACGAUCUGGAUGAUGAUUCCAGACAAGACGACGAUGAGUACGGCGAUGAGGAAGAUUACGAAGGUCUUAGAUCCUACGAGGAGAGGUUAUAUCCUAGAUCCAGAGGGAAGAGUUACCAGGAAAGAAUUUUCGAAUCUAAAUAUCCAAGACGUCAUCGAGAGAGUUAUCACGGUUGGUAUCACGACGAAGAGAAACGUCGGACUCCUUCGAGAUAUAAUUGGAAGAAUCGUCACAGGUCAAGAUUGGGAAGACUCGGUAGAAGCAGGCAUAGAGGAGGCUAUUCGAGAAAUCGUGAAGCUUUUCGCGAUGAUUUUAACGAGGAGAACGAGGAGGAAGAAGAGGAAAGGUCAGCGCGUCACUAUGAGGAUGAUACCAGUCCGGAUAAUCAUUACUCUUCCUCCUCCUCCUCCUCCUACUUACCCUGGAGAAAUUCCAAGAAGCACAGGAGCAAUUGGAGAAGAGAUUGGAGAAGCAACAGGCAAAGUUCGAUUGGUUAUCGUAACGGAAAGAGAUUCUACGAUGCGAGCGACCUCGAUAGCAUGAGGAAAUUCAGAUUGGACGAUCAGAGGAGAAGGAGAGCGAACUUGACCGAGAGAAUCUUAGAGGAUUACGUGGAGAACGAAAAAGAGGAAGAGGAGGAGGAUGAUAUCUGGAAGGAAGCCGAGAAAGAGGAGGAAGAGGAUGACGACGCUGACAAUGACGGUGGCGAGGAGGAACUCGAUAAUGAUUUUUAUAAAAAUGAAAAUAAGCCGCCGUUGUAUAGCUACGACGAUAUUAUCAGGAGACUCACGUCGGAUGAUCCUAGCACGGCAAAGCCGACGGUGAAAAGGGAUUACAGAAACGUUGGUAUAGAAAAGUAUCCGUUGCGCGUAUCGUACAACAACAACAGUGCCUCCAGAAAUCUCACUCGUCCGAAGGUCGUCGGCUCUUCUUACGUAGCCGGCGCGUCCAGUUAUCUUGUAAAUAAAAAGCCGUCGAAGGGAGAGGAGGUGGUGGAUAGGGGCGUCGCGAUGAUCAAGUCCGCGAGUGCAGAGAUCGAACGUAAACCCUCAAAGAACGUGAUCAGUGUCGUGGUUAAAGACGAUGACGAGCAUUCCGGAAAAGCUAAGACAAAGAGUCUCGAGCAGGAAUACGAUGACUACUUGAACACCGAGGACAACGAGAAGGAGGAAGAUCUUAUCAAGGCCGGCGUCGAAGAUGAUUCCGGCAUGCAAUCGGACGUCACUAACACGGAUUACAACGACAAUGAAACCACGAACGAUCAGGAAAGCACGAGUACGACGACGACUACUACGAGCACCACUACUACCAGCAGCACUACCACAACAACGACCACACCUAAGCCUACGCUUACUCAGCACUUCGACUACAGAGAUUCAAGAGCUUACGACAGUGGUACCAGCACCCAAUACAACGGCUACCAAGCGAAAAACGACUACCCGCCUAUGUCAGCUCACAGCGUCCACAAGUGGCAAUCCCUGGGCACUCGAGAGAGCGUUAAAGAGACCAGAAGCAACAUGCAGCAAUAUAACAAAAACGGCAAGACUGCACAAAUCAAGGAUGCUCUACAAUACGCGAUAAAAGUAUCUAGAGAAGGUAGCUGUCAGUGGCCACGUCCGAGAGUUAUUCCGGUUCGCGAUGUCUACCCAAGUCCAUCGACCACCUACAUUCCACACUGCGCCAUCUUGCACAGGUGCUCGGACGAUACCGGAUGUUGUAGAUCGGAAGCACUCACCUGUGUGCCUAAGCACUCUCAUCGUGUUGAAUUAUCUUUUUACAUGACAAACGUCGUUGGUACAAGCGUGGUGGAAAAAUUAUCUUUUUACAAUCACACAGAAUGCGAGUGUAGAGAGAAAACCGAAUACGAUACGAACGAGAAGUCUCUUGAGCAGAGAUUCUAUCGGCACCAUCAGCUCUCUCCGCAGCCGCAAAAUAUGAGGAGAGCACCGCCAAGAAAAUCGUGCCGAUGUCCCUCGGAAUUCACACCGAAAAUCACGCCGGACGGAGAGUGCCAAUGUUACUGUUACGAACAUAAUCAAAACUGUAUCAAAACGAAACGUGGAAAGGGAUAUUUUUCUUUGAGCGACAGAUUGUGUAUUCAAAAUAACGAAUGUGCAAUACCUAUCUGUGAAUAUGGCGAGUAUAUGAGACGAGAAGGUAAAUGUCCUAGAAAAAGGGACAAGUUCGACGCGAUUGCCAAUUUCGGGAUGAACUUCAAUCAUCGAUAUAGAAGUUAAAAAAAGAAAAACAAUUGAUUUGACGAAGGAAGAAACAACUAACGAAAAAAGCAGGAAUAAUGAGCGCAACGUAACGCGCGAUAACCCGACGGUGCCAUUUACUUUGUUUUUUUUUCAAGUGCCUUUGACGGAGAGACUUACUAUAUGAUAUACAUGUGUAUAAAUAUAUAUAUAUAUAAAAUAUAUAUAUAUAUUCCCACACAUACGCGAUUAUGUAUAAAAUGUAUUACGCCAUUUUUAGAUGAUAGAAGUCGCAUGAUCACGUUCUGAUUAUCAUCCCUUCCCAUCUUCUUUCUCUUCGAUUUUUUUCUCUUAUUUUUCUGUUACCUUUCUUUUUUAAUACUCGAACUCAUUAGUUCUGAGAAAAAAUACGUCUACGAGUAAAACUCAUCUUUGAUGCUCGUGUGUAUUUGGACGUCCGAUCACGCAUGUUUCUAUUCUACUUAUAAACGAAGAAAGUAAGUAGGUCAGAUAGAUUAGAAUCCGUUAAAACUUUCCUUGGGAUACGAUCUCCGUCGAUCAUUUCCGACUUCAAAGGAACUAUCUAUCUUUGAAUUUAUCUUCCCUCUAUUUCCUACUUCCCUUUGAACGCGAGAAAGUACAGGAUGAUAAUACGAAGAAACGAUGAUACGAAUGUCGUGCUAAAGGUUUAAGCAAAAGAACGUAUUACUUUGCGAUACCAUCGACGUGUAAAACAAAUGUAAUUUCGUAUUUUGUGAUGUAACAUAGCGUGCAUAAUGUCCUAUGAAUGAGAUAACUGUAUCGAAGGAGAACGUAGAUUUGAACUGUUGCGCGACAUGUAUUUUAAUUUAAUUCGUAAUUUUAAUAGCGAGAUAUUCCUCGCGUUUUUUCAUAGUUUACGCUAGAACACGAGCCUAGUCUGAGGAUCUGUCUCUCUUCUCUGCGAAAAACUCUUCUCCCGAGAGAAACUAAUAAUACUAACAUAUUAAAAAAAAAACAUACACACUGAGAUAAAUUAAUAAGGUGAUAAAAGACAAAAAUGAAAUAACCAAAAAUGUGAAGAGAAGGGUUUAUCAAGAAUCGAAACAGGUCCUUGAUGUAUCCACGAUUUUGUAUGUUUACAAUGGUACAUUUUUAUUAUAUUUAAUCGAGCCAUUAAUCCAUAAAUAUUUAGUUAAUUUAAUAUUUAAUCUAAAGUUAGUUUUGUAAUUCUUCGAUCCACCCUGUUUUCUGAUUUUUUUAUCCUGCUCUUUCCUUUUAAUUUUAAGUAAGAAUAACAGCAGCGGUCGUGUACCUAGAUUCAUGAUUAUGUUCUUUCCCAUAAAAUUAUUCAAUUUUGCGUGAAUAUAUUUUUCGUGGUUUAUCGAGGUAUAGAAAAAGAAUAAAAGUAAAAAAAAAUAAAAGUAAAUAGAAAUCCGAUAGGUAGAGUUACAUUUUUGUAAACAUCGGAACAGUCCCAUGAAUCACUGUAUCGUUUGAUAACUCGUUCUCUCUCUUUCUUUCUCUCUCUCUCUCUCUCUCUCUCUCUCUCUCUCUCUCUGCAUACUUUUUCUAUAUUACUAAUAAAAAUGAAAAAAAUCAAAGUUUUACAUAACAUUAGGUACGUGCCGUUGCAAGUCGCGUGCGAAAUAAUGUUAACAAAAAAAUUUUUAAUACAAAAGGAGUGCAGGGAAAAAAAUAUUCUAAAAUUUUGCACAUAGCAUUUAUGAUACUUUCAUUUACAAUCAUUCGCUCUAUCCAUAUUGUUUUCAAUUGAUUGUUUAAAUUAUUCCCUUGGCAGUACUAAUAAUAAUCGUCUUGCUAAAAAUCGAAGCAUUUAAAUUCUUUUCCUUUUUGUACUCUUUUGUAUAUAUUUACAUGGAUUGCUAUACCUAUAGGCAAAAUAAUCUACCCAUUAAAAUAAUCAGGAAAAUUGACAGCGCUUCCUAUAACAAAAUAUGUCUAUUAUCUGUAUAUGAAAACAUUUUUUUCUUCUAUAAAAUAAAAAAUCAUCUUUUCUAUA